AAAGCCGCGAAGAUUUACCGGCGCGCUGUGGAGCUCGGCGACGUGGACGCGAUGAGACACCUUGGGAGAUUGCAUGAGACUGGAAGUGGCGUCAAACUGGACAAGAAGAAGGCGGAACGGCUGUAUCGCGCGGCCGCAGAUCGGGGCGACGCGCUCGCGCAAAACAAUUUAGGGGCUUUACUUGAUGCUGAGGAGAGAUUUGAAGAGGCGUUCCGGUACUACGCGCUCGCGGCGGAUCAAGGCUAUACCUCUGGAGAGUUCAACCUUGGCUGUUGUUACAGGGACGGAGAAGGCACGGAGGUCGACCUGGGCAAAGCCAGAUACUGGUUCGAGCGCGCCGCUGCCAAGGGCUACGAGCCAGCUAUAGAGUCCCUCGCGGCCCUC